GCUCCCUCAUUACAUCAUCUUCGGCCCGUGGUCGCCGUGCAGGACUGGGCGCGGCGCGAUCCACUCACCCCGCGGCUCCAGCCCGCUCUCCCGCGUCUCUCCUGGCCCUCCCCGCACCUGCUCCAGGGCCAAGACCGGGAGAGCCCCGCGGGCUAGCUGCCAGAACCCGCUAGGCACAGCUAGCGGACCUCGGCAGCUCCGCCUGAUCCAUUCAUUGAGAGCCGCGUAUUUUUCCGGAGCCCCAGUCCCCCGCCUCCUCCAGCUCGGAGCCGCGGGUAGCGCCAUGGAGAAGAGCAGCGAGACCAACGGCUACCUAGACAGCGCCCAGGCGGGGCCUGCAGCGGGGCCUGGCGCUCAGGGGAGCACGGCCGGACGCGCGCGGCGCUGUGCUGGCUUCCUACGGCGCCACGCGCUGGUGCUGCUCACAGUGUCCGGAGUGGUGGCGGGUGCCGGCCUGGGCGCGGCGCUGCGUGGGCUCAAGCUGAACCGCACACAGGUCGCCUACCUGGCCUUUCCUGGAGAGAUGCUGCUCCGCAUGCUCCGCAUGAUCAUCCUGCCGCUGGUGGUCUGCAGCCUGGUAUCGGGCGCCGCCUCCCUUGACGCCAGCUCUCUCGGGCGCCUGGGCGGCAUCGCCAUAGCCUACUUCGGCCUCACCACACUAGGCGCCUCGGCUCUCGCAGUCGCUUUGGCGUUCAUCAUCAAGCCUGGAUCUGGCGCGCAGACCCUUCAGUCCAGCGACCUGGGUCUGGAGGAGACGGGGCCCCCACCGGUCCCCAAAGAGACGGUGGACUCAUUCCUCGACCUGGCCAGAAACCUGUUUCCCUCAAAUCUUGUGGUUGCAGCUUUCCGUACGUAUGCAACCGACUAUAGAGAGGUGACCCACAACACAAGCACUGGAAACAUAACCCGUGAAAAGAUCCCCAUUGGCACCGAAAUUGAAGGUAUGAACAUUUUAGGAUUGGUCCUUUUUGCCCUGGUGUUAGGAGUGGCCCUGAAGAAACUCGGCUCUGAAGGAGAAGAGCUCAUUCGUUUUUUCAAUGCCCUCAAUGAGGCGACGAUGGUGCUGGUGUCAUGGAUUAUGUGGUACGUACCUGUGGGCAUCAUGUUCCUGGUUGGAAGCAAGAUUGUGGAAAUGAAGGACAUCAUCGUGCUGGUGACCAGCCUGGGGAAAUAUAUCUUCACAUCUAUAUUGGGCCAUUUUAUUCACGGAGGAAUUGUUCUGCCACUUAUUUAUUUUGUCUUCACGAGAAAAAACCCAUUCAGGUUCCUCCUGGGCCUCCUCACACCAUUUGCAACAGCAUUUGCCACCUGCUCCAGCUCUGCAACCCUUCCCUCUAUGAUGAAGUGCAUUGAAGAAAACAAUGGUGUAGACAAGAGGAUCAGCAGGUUCAUCCUCCCCAUCGGGGCCACUGUGAACAUGGACGGCGCAGCCAUCUUCCAGUGUGUGGCCGCAGUGUUCAUUGCCCAGCUCAACAACGUGGAGCUGAAAGCAGGGCAGAUUUUCACCAUUCUAGUGACGGCCACAGCAUCCAGUGUUGGAGCAGCAGGCGUGCCAGCUGGAGGGGUCCUCACCAUCGCCAUUAUCCUGGAGGCCAUUGGGCUGCCCACUCAGGACCUCUCUCUGAUCCUGGCUGUGGACUGGAUUGUGGACCGCACCACCACCGUGGUGAACGUGGAGGGUGAUGCCCUGGGUGCAGGCAUCCUCCACCACCUGAAUCAGAAGGCGAUGAAGAGAGGCGAGCAGGAGCUGAGCGAGGUCAAAGUGGAGGCCAUCCCCAACUGCAAGUCGGAGGAGGAGACGUCACCCUUGGUGACACACCCAAACCCCACUGGCCUUGCGGCCAGCACCCCCGAGUCCAAGGAGUCAGUUCUGUGAUGGGGCUGGGCUUCCAGCUUGCCUGCCGGGGAUGCCCGCCCCAUCGGUCCAGUUGGCAGACCCGGGCACCGCCUUCACUGACUUUUAGCCUCCCGUGCAAUGCUUUGGCCCAGUCACCGGUUUGAGGAUUACUUCUCAGCACAGGCAUUGGGCUUCCCAGCGGGAACUGGUUCCCAAGGACCAGGACACUCUACCAUUUGGCUUACCAUGUCUAGGUGCAACUGUGUACACCCCAGCUCUGUUUGGAAACACACCCUCGAGCUGCUAGGCGCGGGGAGUAACAGGCUCAUAGGAGCUGGUGGUUAAAGCUUGGAAGAUGCACGUGUUACUUCAUUGCACCCAGGAAAGCUCAGCAUUGGGUGCUUUCCGGGCAGACCUGGACGGGUGGCAGUCAUCUGUCGCAUUGCCUCGUGAGCCACAGUAAUUGGAAAAAUUCCCAAAUUCAUAGCCGUGGCUGGAAUUCUCUGAGCUGGGCCUCAGGUGUUGAGAGUCUACAAAUCGGCGUGACUGGCUUCUGGGUCACUAGGCUGGAGGCACUGCAGGUCGUCGAGUUAGAAAUACUCCAUGGUGUUAGCACUGCUAGGGUCUCUGGUCAGUGGCACUAAGUAAACAAUUACAUUCUGAAGUCAAAGAAAGGAGGGGGAGUACAGGCUGCAGGGGAAAGGGAAGCCUGAUCAGGCCAGGAGACACACACACACACACACACACACACACACACACACUCUCUCUCUCUCUCUCUCUCUCUCUCACACACACACACACACACACACUCUCUCUCUCUCUCUCUCUCUCUCUCUCUCUCUCUCUCUCUCCCUCUCUCUCUCUCUCUCUCCGGCCCCAGCCCUGGCCUGGGCUUAUGUCAACACUGUGGUUCUACACCCACCCACUCUGAUUUGGCAACAGGCCAGAGAAGGGCCCCCUCCUCUGGGGAGGUGUGAUGUGUUCAUCACAUUCAGGACCCUGGCUGGUCUAGCAAUAGGUUUUAAUCCAACUAGACCCUCCCUAAAAUGCUGCAUUGCAGCAAAAACAAAUAUUUUCAAAACCCCACAAACCCACCCCUUCAUUAGAGUGAGGUACCCCUGUUCCCAGAUGCCCUAGCUUUGGCUGAUUUCCAUAGACUUGGUUUCCUUUCCCUCCAGGACAUCAAAGUUUAAAAUUAUAAGCUAAAUGGUCCACCUGAUACUUACUGACUUGAGCUGAACCUAGGGGAGGGGGCUUUACGGAGAGAACAAGCAUUGCCCAGGAUAGGAAAGGAAAACCUAAAAGGCAUUAGACUGCUAUUUCUCUGUGGCUGUUGGUGUGUAUCUGUGGGGUUACCUGCAGCAAGUCCUGGAGCCUCACUUUACCCCAUUAGUACAAUGGGGCUGAUGUCACCUGCCUCUUACCUACCUCAGAGGGAUUUGGUGAGGCAAACUGAGUGAAUCCGUGAAAAACGACCAUUUCGCAUUUUGCUUCUUGGAUAUCAAGUGCUAACACCCCCGUACCCUCCUUACUGUUACCUAAGUGAUACCUAAGUUCUCCAGGAGGCUCCUUCUUCUGGGGAGGACAGCUUUUACGAGCAGGGCUUUGUUCUGUGUGCAGGAGCAACUGUUACCACGUCACUUGUUCUCUUAGUAGUUUCUUGUUAGCAUCAAAUGCAGCCUUUUCCUGAUGUCCUUCAUCUUUUUGUGAAUUAACUACCCCACCUCCCAGCACACUACUGGGUACCUGACCUCCCCGUGACUCCCACACCCAGGCACCAUUUCUGCCACCGCACACUGGCCAUUAAAACUCCCAAACUUUCAGCCUCACUCAUUCCCUUGUCACAACUGGAAUGGGGGAAGGGGGGACAGAGAGUGAAGCUCCCCUGUAUUAAGACUGGGGGGCAUGGACCUGAGCAGAGUGGGUGGGGAAGAACCAAGGGGCACAGAGCAGACCUGGCCCUUUUCCCUUCAGCCCUCUUUAAACCAACUAAGUCACUCCCGUCUCCUAUGAAGCAGGAGUGACCAGGAGCUGGGCUGAGAGGAGCCUGGAAGGCUUGACCCUCUGGCUUGUUGCUGAUGCCUUCUGUUUUCAAAGGGGAAACAAUCACAUUGAUGGAUCCCAAACUGCAAAUGAACAUUCACUAUUUUUCAGGUGUCACUAGAUCUCAUCUUUCCUUCUUCCACAUAUAUACAUGGCUAUGUAGGUACACAUACAUAUAUGCAGCAUGUAUGUGGGAGGUAUACAUGCGGGUAACAUCUAUAUGUAUGUGUGUGUGUAUAUGUUAGCUCCAGUCCGGGCGAGUUUGAAUUUGGACAGAGGUGGACUAAUUGCAAGUUGCAUGUCUUUGGCAUCCUGAUUUUCCUGUUUCUAAAGGUGAAUUUUACAAAACAUGGACAGUAGAGCUGGAUAAUCAGACUCAGGGACUGCGCAUCCUCUAUCCUGGACCUGGGAUUGCGGUGAGGGGAGCGCCGUGCCUGGGGAAGGGUGCUUCCUUGUAAAAUCCAGAUGGUGAUUGCUCCCCCUCCCUUGGCUUUCUCCCUGCUUUUCUGUCUGCAACAGGAAUCAGACCAGGAGUGACCCGGCUGGGGAAAAUGCCACUUUCUCAUUGUCUGAAGAUGUCUCCCCUGCUCUUCUAACAUGUUGUCGUAAAUACUGUUCAUCUCUGACUGUUUUGUAUGUGUGACACUUGCCUUAAAACAUAGCAGUCCUCAGAAAAGAAUACAGCCUUUCUACUAGGA